UGGCCUUGCAAUCAUGGCUGUUUUAUAACUAAGGGCAUGGGCAUUUUCCAUGUAUAAUUACAACCCAUGUUCCAUAAUGCAAUCAUGUUUGUAGCUCUUUUGUUUGCUUCCUCUUGUUUCGGUCUGUAGCUCUUCCUUUCAUUUGGGUCUUGAGUUCCAAUCCUGAAAAGAAAAGCCUUUGAUUGGUGUGCUUUGUUUUCUCUUGUUCCCCUCAAGAUUAAGGGAUUGGUUUGCUCUGUAUGCAGCGCCAAUGCCUUUCUUUGAAGGAAUCUGAAAUGGGUACUUUUGGAAAAGGUGACGACUGAUUUUGGGUCAUGGGUUUUCAUGGCAUUUUCAUGGUGAAUUCCUUGAAUGGUUUUUUGGGUUUGAUUCUCUGAUCAAGAAAAAGAAAACUGAUCUUUGGUUCCAAGUUCAGAAGCCAAAAAGGAAAUCAUUGAAGAAAGUAAAGGCGGGUUUUGGAAGGUGAAGGGGUUUUAUGCCCUUGUCACUGUUUGGGAGUUUGGAGAAGAAAGUUGAGUUCUUUUCCACAGAGGAAGUGUUCCAACUUUAAAAGAAGACAACUCAACAAUGGCAGUUUUGUGCUUGUUAUGUCUUCUUCUAGUUGGGUGCUUGUCUGAGCCUCAGCUUGUGGGUGCUCAGCUUCAUGAUUUAACUGCAUUGUCAGCCAUUAACGAAGAACUUGGAGUACCCGGUUGGGGUGCCAACUUCUCAGAUUAUUGUUCUUGGCCUGGCAUUAGCUGCGGUUUGAACCGUUCUAUGGUGGAAAAGCUUGAUCUUUCUCGUCAUAACCUCCGAGGUAAUGUGACUCUUAUUUCUGAGCUUAGAGCUUUGAAGAGGCUUGACCUCUCUUAUAAUGAUUUCCAAGGAUCAAUUCCUUCAGCUUUUGGAAACUUAUCUCAGCUUGAAUUUCUUGAUUUGUCUUUGAAUAAGUUUGGAGGUUCACUUCCACCAGAGCUGGGUAAUCUCAGAAACCUUAGAUCAUUGAACCUGUCCAAUAACUUGCUUGUGGGAGAAAUACCAGAUGAAAUUCAGGCCCUAGAGAAGUUACAGGAUUUUCAAAUUUCUAGUAAUAGGUUGAAUGGCAGUAUCCCAAAGUGGGUGGGCAAUUUGACCAAUUUGAGGGUUUUUACUGCCUAUGAGAAUAAAUUGGAGGGUAAAAUUCCAGAUAAUCUUGGCUCAAUUUCUGAGCUUGAAUCGUUGAAUCUGCAUUCUAACCAGCUAGAAGGUCCAAUUCCCAAAAGUAUUUUUGCUUCUGGGAAGCUGGAGUUUUUGGUUCUGACCCAGAACAGACUAAGUGGAGACAUUCCUGAAGAAAUGGGAAACUGCAGUAGCUUAUCUAGUAUCCGAAUCGGGAACAAUGAUCUUAUAGGUAGCAUUCCUCAUUCAAUUGGGAAUAUUAGUGGCCUCACCUACUUUGAAGCAGACAACAACAAUCUUUCUGGUGAGAUUGUUCCAGAAUUCUCCAAGUGCUCUAAUCUCACCCUCCUAAAUUUAGCCUCAAAUGGAUUUACUGGGAAGAUUCCUCCUGAGCUUGGGCAGCUUAUGAAUCUGCAGGAGUUAAUUCUCUCUGGUAACAGUCUGUUUGGAGAGAUUCCCAAAUCAAUUCUUGGGUGCAAGAAUCUUAAUAAGCUGGACCUAAGCAAUAACAGAAUCAAUGGUAGCAUACCAAAUGAUAUCUGCAACAUGUCGAGAUUGCAGUACUUGCAGUUGGGUCAGAAUUCCAUAAGGGGAGAGAUACCUCAUGAGAUUGGAAACUGUGUUAAACUGCUUGAGUUGCAAAUGGGAAGAAACUAUUUGACUGGCAGUAUCCCUCCUGAAAUUGGUCGAAUAAAGAACUUACAGAUAGCCUUAAAUUUAAGCUUCAAUCAUCUCAGGGGACCUCUUCCCCCUGAUUUAGGUAAACUUGACAAGCUGGUUUCUCUUGAUGUCUCCAAUAAUCAGCUCUCUGAUAUCAUUCCAACUGCAUUUAAGGGGAUGUUAAGCUUGAUAGAGGUCAAUUUCUCCAACAAUCUGUUCACUGGCCCAGUACCCACAUUUGUACCAUUUCAGAAGAGUCCAAAUUCCAGUUUUCUUGGAAAUAAAGGGCUUUGUGGAGAGCCACUGAGCUCCUCAUGUGGAAAUUCUAACAGUGGUGGCCAUGCAAAUGACCAUCACAGGGUUUCUUACAGGAUCGUACUGGCCGUUAUUGGUUCUGGUUUGGCAGUUUUUGUAUCUGUAACCGUAGUGGUUCUGCUGUUUAUGAUCAGAGAGAGACAGGAGAAGGCAGAAAAAUCUGCAGGGACUGAAGAUGAGGAAGCCAAUAAUGUACCGGCAAUAGUGGCAGGGAAUGUCUUUGUUGAGAAUCUCAAACAAGCAAUAGAUCUUGAUUAUGCUGUUAAAGCAACUCUGAAGGAUUCAAACAAGCUCAGUACUGGGACUUUUAGCACAGUUUACAAGGCUGUUAUGCCAUCUGGGCUGAUUCUAUCAGUGAAGAGACUGAAAUCCAUGGACAGGACAAUCAUUCAUCACCAGAACAAGAUGAUUAGAGAGCUUGAAAGGCUGAGCAAACUCUAUCAUGAUAACCUAGUGCGUCCUAUCGGAUUUGUUAUUUAUGAAGAUGUUGCUCUUUUGCUGCAUCAUUACUUGCCCUAUGGGACAUUGUGUCAGCUUCUUCAUGAAUCUACCAAGCUACCUGAAUAUGAACCCGACUGGCCAACAAGACUUUCUAUUGCCAUCGGAGUUGCAGAAGGAUUGGCCUUUCUUCAUCACGUGGCAAUUAUCCACCUUGAUAUUUCUUCUGGUAAUGUUCUUCUGGAUGCCAACUUCAAGCCAUUGGUUGGAGAGAUUGAGAUAUCAAAGCUCUUGGAUCCAUCCAGGGGCACAGCCAGUAUAAGUGCAGUUGCAGGCUCCUUUGGAUACAUUCCUCCAGAAUAUGCAUAUACAAUGCAAGUUACAGCACCCGGGAAUGUCUACAGCUAUGGUGUUGUUUUGCUUGAGAUCCUUACAACCAAAUUACCAGUAGAUGAGGCCUUUGACGAGGGGGUGGAUUUGGUGAAGUGGGUGCAUAAUGCUCCAUCAAGAGGUGAAACCCCUGAGCAGAUUCUCGAUGCAAGGCUUAGCACAGUUUCCUUUGGUUGGCGGAAAGAAAUGCUCGCAGCACUGAAGAUUGCACUACUCUGCACUGACAGCAUACCGGCCAAACGACCCAAAAUGAAGAAGGUUGUGGAAAUGCUUCAAGAAAUAAAACAGAACUGAUGGAUACUCGGCCAUUUGAUCUUCUAUGUCAUGAACCCAUCAGAUCAAGGCUCUUUUGUUGAUGUGAAGUUGAAACCCCAGGGGAAGUGGUCAUGUUUAAAUUUUACUCCGGCUGGGAUGGUUUCAGAUCAUCCAUCUCCUUGCUAUGUGUUCAAGUGAAAUGGCGCUUGUGAUUUGAGUUGAUGCAGGAAUUGGUGGUGGAUGAAUAUGGAAGGAGAGUCCUCCCAUAGGAAAGGAUUAUUCUUGAGUUUCUUUUACAUAUUAGGUCCCAAGUAUAAUGUUGUAGUUCCUGGUUUUCAAAUUUUUUAUGUGAAGGUGCAUAUCAACAAUCAUUUACAGCUUCUCUUUAAUCCAGUUCAAUCCUUAAAUACCUUAUUAUGCAAAGAAAAAUUUGUCAAGAUCUGAGUUCAAAUCACUCGGAUCAUCAUUUGAGUUGUGGUUGGUGGGAAAUCUUCAUCCACAUGGGAAUUUUUUUCCACAUAAUUUGUUGAGGCCAUUCAGUCUGUUCUCAGGUAUUUCAUCUGUUUAUUGUC